AUGUUUACAAGACGUAUCUCACGCAGCUCUAUCUUGAGCCAACCUCUUCGAGCUUUCACGACUACAUCUACCACUCUCUCCCGCGCUCCAGCCCUAGCAGAUAUUACCCCUCAAGAUGUCGCCUCAUUCGAUGCAAAGCAGAAAGAAUUUCGAGAAAGAAUCGCAGAUCAACAUCGUAAGAAAGAAGCUGCAAGUGAGUCCAACCUUUCCUCCCAAGCUCAAACAUCUGCUUCGGCAGGCCAAGCACUAAGCGGAGCAGAACACGCAAACGGAAAUGGCGAGAAGAAGGGAAAGUUAAGUAGCUUGAUUUAUGGUACCCCAGAAGGUCGGGAAAUGGACAAGGAGAUUGAACAAAGUUUCAGUCAGGUUUUGGCGAGAGGCAAAUAUGUUCAUUCGAUUGUAUUCCAUGAGGUGAAACCAGAUAAGGUUGAUGAAUAUGUCAAAUUGGUUGGCGAAUGGUAUCCAAAGAUGGCGGGUAUGGAAGAGAAUAAAGUACACUUGGUUGGAAGCUGGAGAACAGAAGUUGGCGAUUGUGAUACUUUUGUUCACAUUUGGGAAUAUCAAAGAUAUCACGGUUACCACGACUCUCUUCACAGUAUUGCAUCGCAUCCCAAUUUCGCUGAAUUCGACAAGAAGCUUAAGUCUCUCAUCACGAAGAAGAACGUAUCUCUCAUGCAAGAAUUUUCCUUUUGGCCUACCACUGCCCCACGUCAACUUGGUGGUCUCUUUGAAUUGCGCUCUUACACAUUGCACCCUGGUAAUCUCUUAGAAUGGGAGACCCACUGGCGUCGUGGUCUCAAGGCUCGUAGAGAAGUCAUGGAAGGAGUUGGAGCUUGGUUUGUACAGAUUGGAGAGCUAAAUACUGUACAUCAUUUGUGGCAGUUUGCUGAUCUGGAAGAAAGAAAGAAGAGAAGAGAGCAAAGUUGGGAGAUUGAGGGUUGGGGUGACACAGUUCACAAGACUGUGCCAUUGAUUCAAAAUAUGAAGAGUCGUGUGCUGAUUCCAAUGCCUUGGAGCCCGGUAGCUUGA